UCCGGAGCCACAGGUUGGGAGCGGUGCCCAGCACCGUCCCCCGCCCCCGGCUGAAGCUGACCUCCGGCUGGGCGCGCGCGGUGGCCACCCCGGAGUCCCGGGGCUGGGAAGGGCAGGAAGCAAAGGGAAGGAGACGGCGCUGAAAUCCGACACCAGCUUUCCGGCCCGGGAACCCCGCAGGCUGGCCCACCAAAACCACCACUAUGACUGAUGGAGACUAUGAUUAUCUGAUCAAACUCCUGGCUCUUGGAGAUUCAGGGGUGGGAAAGACAACAUUUCUUUAUAGAUACACGGAUAAUAAAUUCAAUCCCAAAUUCAUCACUACAGUAGGAAUAGAUUUCCGGGAAAAACGUGUGGUUUACAAUACGCAAGGACCAAAUGGAUCUUCAGGGAAAGCAUUUAAAGUACAUCUUCAGCUUUGGGACACAGCAGGACAAGAGCGGUUCCGGAGCCUCACCACCGCAUUCUUCAGAGAUGCCAUGGGCUUCUUAUUAAUGUUUGACCUCACCAAUCAACAGAGCUUCUUAAAUGUCAGAAACUGGAUGAGCCAACUGCAAGCAAAUGCUUACUGUGAAAAUCCAGAUAUAGUAUUAAUUGGCAACAAGGCAGACCUGCCAGACCAGAGGGAAGUCAAUGAGCGGCAAGCACGGGAACUGGCUGAGAAGUACGGAAUACCAUAUUUUGAAACAAGUGCAGCAACUGGACAGAACGUGGAGAAGUCAGUGGAAACUCUUCUGGACUUAAUAAUGAAGCGAAUGGAGCAGUGUGUGGAGAAGACACAAGUCCCAGAUGCUGUCAAUGGUGGAAAUUCUGGAAAGCUGGAUGGAGAAAAGACAGUGGAGAGGAAAUGUGCCUGCUAGAGUACUUAGGGACUUACAACCAAGAACCCUUCCCAGAUAUUACUGCCCCAAACAAUGACACCCAAGAAAUCGUUAUUGAGUAGACCAUGCAUAAGGGUAUGUCUUUCUCUUUCCUGCCAGACCAUUUGUUUUAAGAAACCAGAAGAGUCAAACAAAUUGAUCAACUCUUCUGGAUCCCUUCCAAACAAAAAUCAAAGGUUUCUCCAGGUGAUGCUCUUUUUUUUUAAGGUAAAGAAUCUGAGUUUAUAUGAAAGCAUACCAGAAGAAAUAUCAGUGAGUUUAUAUGGGUCACCAUGAGGAGAACACAAUUUUUAAAAAAUUGGACUUACACAGAGUAUGAAUCAUUGGGGGAAAUGUUAGCUAAAAAUGGAUACACAAUGAAGAAUUCCACGUAAUUCAUUAAGAAUAACAUUAUUGUGCCCAUGCAACAAACUGCAGUGGAAUGAUUAAGUUACUGAUAAGGUUAUAAGUGGGUGAAUGUCAGACUUCUAAGAUGCAGGAGAUUGUGUAAUGAUGCCAUUUUUUAUUUUUAAUAAAUGGCACAGCGGUAGGAACAGGACUGUGAAUAGCAAAGUACAAGAAUAAUGGCCCAGAAGUAAAAUAAAAUAUGGGAACAUGGCAUUUGGAUAGUUUACAGAUAUCUGCAAGAGUUACUUGGCCAAAUUCAACUCCAGCCAAUUAAAAGCUGACAUUAACAUUUGGAGUUAAGAGAAUUUCCAUUAUUAAGAGGUUUCCAUUUUAAACAAAAUUUGGGAAUUGAUUUGGGAGGCAUUCAGAUUCACAUUUUGUUUUUCCUUAGCAAAUGUUUAUUAAUAGUCACAAAGAAAAAUAAGCCAUCACUUUAAAAGAUAACCAAGAAAACUUAUAGAACCUUAAAUUUUUUAAGGUUAAACUUCCUGGUGACAUGAAACAAAAAAAGUUACUGGUAGUUAUGGGUUUUCUUUUAUUUUACAAAAGCACUAGAAUGUCUAUAUUUGUCCCAGCUCAUACCCAAUUCAAAAUGCAGGUGUAUCACUUUGCAAAACCAACAACUUCAGAAUAAUGAUAAAUGAAUUUUGUGGUCACUGUGACUCUUAAUGUCAUUAAAAUGGGCAAUACCUCAUUCUCUAUUACAAGAUAUUUUUAUUUUGUCAAAGGGAAAUACCUUUAGUUGAGCUAUAUUUGAGGGCUGGGUAGAGAUAGAGCUUUAUUUUUUCUCACCAAAACUGGUCAUCAGUUUAUUUUUUUCAUAUAAAGCUGCCUUCAUUUUUCUUUCUAAAAAUUAUCAUAAAAGCAUCUUCAUUGGUCUAUUGUUAUCACUGUGACAACUGCCAUUUCAUUAAUGUUUUUAAUCUCAUUUUCUGAAACACAUAAGCCAUUCAUCUCUAAAUGCCAUUUUAUUUUAUUUUUU